GAUCAAAAGAGCGGAAGUUCAUCGCUGAUCGCAAGCAAUGCUGCCGUUUUCUGUUUGCGGGAAUUGAUUGUGGCAGUACUUUCAAAAUCAUGUUCACUCUGUUGAGCAGCGUGAACAGGCCUCCGAGAUUUGGGUCUCCCGCUGCAGCACAUUGCUCGAACUCCUGGCUCGUCGGUGCAUGGGCGCCGGGAGCGAGCUGCAUACCCGACUGCUAUUGGGUGCUGUUUCAGUGCUCCUUGGAUCUCAGGCAUCGCAUGAUGUAGUCGUGCAGCUGGUGACGACGCUUUCCGGUUCGAGAGCCGCACCGCUGCUCAAGAGUCUCAGAUCCGAAUAUGUAGUCCGAUUUGGCUUCAAGUUUUAUAGUGAUUUCCUCACCUCGGUUUUACAUCAACUUCCAUCGCUUGACGAGUCCAAAAUAUCGACCGCAUUCCAAAAUCUCGCCGAACUUGUGUCCCUCGAUCAGCUCGAACCUGUGAUCGGCGCGUUAGCUGCCACUAAGGAGCAUCACCCAGCAUAUAUUGCCCUUGGAGUCUUGAUGAGGGACUGGAAUCUCAUCCGUGAUUUUACAGACUCAUCGUACUCGCCGUUGCUCCGCAAAAGUGCCUUUGAGCUCUCUCUGGCCUGUCUUCCCACAAACAAUGACCAAGUUCUUUGGUGCCAGCAAGCCCGGCUCCUGACUCCUAUUGCCAAGUUUGAAUACUGCAAGCGCGCUGUCGAGGAACUCUUUGACGUGCUGCGUGCCGACGACGGGCAGCCAGAGGAGCUUGGCCUUCUCCCCUUGGCAAAGAAAACGAUCGCUCGAUUGUCGUCACUGCCACUGACGACCGCCAUCCUUGUGGAUGUGCUUAUCCAGAAUGGAUGGGUUGAACCUUCUGGGCUGAAGCUGAGCGACUUUCAAAGCAGACAGGUCUUCGAAGUGCUCUGUGGAUGCAUAUCCGGAAAUGAAAGCGGGGCUUUUGUGGUCGCCAAGAUAUUGUUCGGCAAGUUUGCUCAUUAUCCACCAACCCCUUUCGGCAGAUAUGACGAAGUUCUGCCCCGGCUCGUAACAUUCCCUCGUGAUAUUCAUAUAUGGGGUACUUUCCGACGGAAUGAGUGGCUGUGGGACCUCACAGAGCUAUGCGCGACAGAUAAGCGGUCUGUUCCCUGGCUUACCGAGAUUGUGCGACCACUGUUGGCGUAUCUCAUCGGCUUCUGGGAGCAAGACAGUCGGCUGGCCCCACCCCGAUAUCCCUAUGAAAUGAAUGCGGCUUUGGUGGUUGUCCUGGCAUUGACGAAGAUGGAGGUUGUCUCCGGUGUAUUCGGUCAGAUUGGUCUUCUCUUUCCACUUAUUGAAGCCAAGCAGCUCGCACAGCUCCUGUGGAUCCUGUGGCAACUACUGAAAGGUUUCUGCAAUGCCUGGCCCGACGAGCAACGACGGCAAUGCCAGACACAAGGCCACAGAGUCAUCGUGGAUAUUGUGAAGCGGCGGAUUGACGAAUGCCAUGCUGUUGCGCUCCCGUUCUUGAGUGGUCUCGACUGCUCUCCCAAAGUGAAGCGAGAUACUGAGUCGUUGAUGUGAUUGGGUCUCCCCUUUCGAGCUGCGGAUGGCCAUGCGGACGAUCUCUGAGCGUCUCCCAAACCCCCAAGUGAAUAUGGGACACCCCGUUUUGAGCCAGAACAGGUGUUGUUCUAGAACCUGAAUACACCCACUCAUUGCAAUCAUA